CAUGGCAAACGAUGCUCUUUAUUCUAUAACAAGAGAAGCAACCCAUCUGGGAGUGCAUCAAGAUGAUGAUAGGCGUAAUAGUUUCAGGAAUAGCGGUCCAGGAUUUGGUUACCCACCUAUAGCUGAAUCCAAAAAUAUCAACACUCUUCCAGACAAGAUCAUAUUACAGAUUUUCUCCUUUAUUCAUCACAAAGAAUUAAGCAGGGCAGUUGCUAAAGUAUGCAAAAAAUGGAGAAAUUUGUCCUACGAUUCACAUUUGUGGUCGAGGGUCUCUCUUCGUCCAGAAUACGGAGGUCUACAAGUCUCUAAUAGCGAUGCUCUGAUACACAUAAUUGGAACAAGAUUUGGUUCUAGACUGCGUUAUAUUGAACUUCCGUGCGAAUUAGUUACGACACCUAUCCUUCAUGAAUUGGUUAACAAGUGCCAAAAUUUAAAAUAUUUAACACUCGAUUUUGCGAAUGCUAUGCAGUUACACGAUUUCAACGACUUAAACGCUUUUCCCUGCAAUCUAAUAAAUUUUACGGUUUGUCUGAGUGAAGUAAUAUUCAUGGAGGGCUUUAUGCGGAAAGUUUAUCAAAGUUUAAGUUCUGUUCAAGUCCUACAUCUGAUAGGAAACUUUGAACAGGGUGAUGAAGAACAAGAGGAGAUUUAUGAAGUUAUUAACAUAGGAAAAAUCAAAGCUCACACGCCCAAUUUAAAAGUUGUUAACUUCUAUGGAAUCAACUUUAUUGACGAUUCACAUGUUGAACUUUUAUCUACAAAUUGUAUUCAUUUGGAAAGUUUAAGUUUAUGUUUUUGCCUAAGAGUUAAAGGAUCGACUCUUAAACAGCUAAUUCAACGUUGUUCGAAACUACAAACCUUAUUGUUACAACACUGUGCAUUAGAGGAUGAACACAUGAGAAAUGUUGAAUGGGAGAAAUCUGCUGUUUGCGAAAUAGAUUUAUCAUCGACAGAACUCUCAACAGAAUGUCUACAUGAUGUACUAUUAAGAAUCAAUAACUUUAAAUACUUGGCUCUGGGAUACUGCGAAUUUUUUACUGAUAAAAUUCUUGAAGAUUUGAGUAGAAGAGGAAAAUUAACAAAUUUAAAAGCUUUGGAUGUUAGUCAUACUAUCGGAUUAAGCGAAAAUGUUAUUAGUCAGGUUCUUCGAAAACAUGGACAAUCACUACAAGGUCUUAUGAUAGCUGGAAAGCCGAAACUGACAGAACAAUUCUUCCUUAAUGUAAUACCUUUUAUGAAGAACAUACGUAUCCUAGUUUGUGGAACAGCAAAUGGAUGGUUCUUAAGAAUGUCGACCAGAGUUCACGUAGAUCAAAUAAUGAUCUGUCUCUCUCAGAACACGCCUAAAUUGGAAAGAUUAGAAUUACAAUGGGAUCCAGAUAUGAUCAGAUUUAGUGAUAAUUCUAGCAAAUUCGUUGAUCAGCUAAGAUUAAAGUGUCCGUUGAUAAAAUCAUUUACUUUAUCGGAUGGCGAAUAUUACGAAAUGAUUUUAUGUAUACAAACACUACAAUUUCACGCAACGGAUCAGUAUAAAUACGAUGUAUUCACUCACAUAUUUCAAAAGUCUGUUUGCUCUCUAAUCAAAUCAACAAUGGAAAGUUUAAAUGGAAAGUGGUCUAUGCAACAAAUAGAUGAGAGUUUCGUUGCCGUACUGCUUGAAGCAGGUUAUAGUGAAGAAGCUAUCAAUAGACUCAAAGAAACAACGAAAGGAGAUAAUAUAACAUUUGAAUAUAAGAUUGAGGGAGAUUCGGUUGAAUACAUUUUAUCUCAAGAUGGAAAUGAAGUGCAUAAAGUAGGCGGAAAAUUGGGGGAAAGCGAGCAAUGUAACUCGCUUGAUGGUAGACAAAUAACAGUAAGAGAUCACUUUUAUUUAUCUUAUUAGUAAAAAAAUAUAUACAUAUAAUAACAAACAUUUAGCGUUCCAUGGAACAAACUGAUGGAACUUUGAUUGUAAAAGAAGUUACUGAAGAUGAUAAAGUACUGACAAAUGAAAUAAAAGUUGUAGAUGACAAACUUGUUGUCGUAUCGAAAUCUAACGACAAAAUAUCUACUCGAGAAUUCUCAAGAGCUUAACCAUUUCAACAAAAAGUUGCGAAUAAUGGAGAAAUAUUCAAAUUCUGCAAAAUAAAUGACUGACUAAAUUUUACUAUAUU